AUGACUGUGGCCGUUUCUGCUCAGGACAGACAAGCCCCACAAAGGCACCGUCUGCUUUUCUCUUUACAGGUUCGGGCAACUACAGCUUUGCUAAAACCGGCAGUGACAGGUGCUUAUGUGCUCCAGGUCAAGGCCACGGACGCAGAUGACCCAACCUAUGGAAACAGUGCCAGAGUCGUUUACAGCAUUCUUCAGGGACAACCUUAUUUCUCUAUUGAUCCCAAGACAGGUGUCAUUAGAACAGCUUUGCCAAACAUGGACAGAGAAGUCAAAGAACAGUACCAAGUGCUCAUCCAAGCCAAGGAUAUGGGAGGACAACUGGGAGGAUUAGCCGGAACAACAAUAGUCAACAUCACCCUCACUGAUGUCAAUGACAAUCCACCCAGAUUCCCCAAAAGCAUCUUCCAUCUGAAAGUUCCCGAGUCUUCUCCUAUUGGCUCAGCUAUUGGAAGAAUAAGAGCUGUGGAUCCUGAUUUUGGACAAAAUGCAGAAAUUGAAUACAAUAUUGUUCCAGGAGAUGGGGGAAACUUGUUUGACAUUGUCACAGAUGAGGAUACACAAGAAGGAGUCAUCAAAUUGAAAAAGCGUUUUCAUUCCGCGGGUCCUUUUAAAGACACAGCCACGGUGAAGAUCAGCGUGCUGGACGUGGACGAGCCGCCGGUGUUCAGCAAGCCGCUCUACACCAUGGAGGUUUACGAAGACACUCCAGUCGGCACGAUCAUUGGCGCUGUCACUGCCCAAGACCUCGACGUGGGCAGCAGUGCCGUUAGGUACUUCAUAGAUUGGAAGAGUGAUGGGGACAGCUACUUUACAGUAGAUGGAACUGAAGGAACCAUCGCCACUAAUGAAUUACUAGACAGAGAAAGCACUGCGCAGUAUAAUUUCUCCAUAAUUGCGAGUAAAAUAAUUCAGAUAGUCAGCGCUGCAGACCGAGAUCUUUCACCUGCUGGGCAGCAAUUCUCCUUUAGAUUAUCACCUGAGGCUGCCAUCAAACCAAAUUUUACAGUUCGUGACUUCAGAACCAUAGUUGUGCUGUAUGUCGCGCUGAGAAGGCAGAAGAAGAAAGACACCCUGAUGACCUCUAAGGAAGACAUCAGAGACAACGUCAUCCAUUAUGAUGAUGAAGGAGGUGGGGAGGAGGACACCCAGGCUUUCGACAUUGGGGCUCUGAGAAACCCAAAAGUGAUUGAAGAGAACAAAAUUCGCAGGGAUAUAAAACCAGACUCUCUCUGUUUACCUCGUCAGAGGCCACCAGUGGAAGAUAACACAGACAUAAGGGAUUUCAUUAAUCAAAGGCUACAGGAAAACGAUGUGGACCCAACCGCCCCACCGUAUGAUUCGUUGGCCACAUAUGCCUAUGAAGGAAAUGGAUCCGUGGCAGAGUCCCUCAGCUCUAUAGACUCUGUCACCACAGAAGGUGACCAGGACUAUGACUAUCUGACAGACUGGGGACCCCGCUUUAAAGUCUUGGCGGAUAUGUUUGGCGAAGAAGAGAAUUAUAACCCUGAUACAGUCACUUAGGGGAGCUGUGAAGGCUAAAACACAACCAAGAGGAGAAAUUUUUAAAAAAGAA